AUGCGUGUGUCUACGUCUGUUGACAAAGCAAAGAGCUGAAGAAGUGAAGAAGUUAGAAGUAGGAAGUUACUGUCAUCACGGUACAGCCUAAUUUUAGAUUGGAAAGGACCAUUCAUAAAAUAGAAAGUGCAUCGAUUGGUUAUUUGACAAGUAUAGAAUAUGAAGAUCAUACUUUUUGUCUCUGUUUUUGUGGUGUUAUUGACUUUGUUGAAGGCUCAGUCGACCACAUCAACGUCAUCUUCGAAAGAAAGCACAACAGUGACAACUGGCUCAACUCGCGCAGGUACUAGUACUACGACUGAUCAAAGUACAGCACGAACAACAGCUUUGCCAUGGAAAGAAAGAUGUGCUCAGCAUAAUGGUUCGGAUUGUGAUGCCUCUGGCUGCCUUAACCCAGCUCUACAAGGAAAGUGCCUUUACUGCAGCAAGGACAAGUCAUGUACAGAGUAUAUCCCAGGGAGUAUGGGACUUCCCAACUCCAAUUGUCCCCUUAAUGAUGCCAGGUGGGGCACCUGCCUUGUUAAUUUCCAAGCCCUGAUCAUUGCCAUGGCGGUUGUGGCAGGUGUCAUCUUGAUAACCUGUGGCUGCUGCAUCUACUGUUGCUGCUGUAGAGGAAAGAAAGGAAUGAGCAAGUCGGAAAGAAAGAUGGAGGCCAAAUAUGAAAGGGAGAGGGAAGAAAGACAGAUCAAACACCAGGAAAAGCGCAAAGAGCGGGAGAGCAAAUAUGAUGACAUCAGAAAGAAAUAUGGACUACAAAAAGGAGGUCUUUUUAAGGAAGACACCCCGUAUCAACGAUUUGAUGCUUAGGAUGAGUCUGUCUUGACAGUGAUGCAAUUAUAGAUGGCGUCCAGGUGGAGUGUGGGACAUCAUUUGACCGGAAAUACAUUUUAAGACUGAUCAUCUUUUUGUUCACGUUUUCAUAUAUCACAAGUGUUAUAGCUUCAUGAGGACAGAACCAGGAAAGCAGUUAGCUUUGUUGAUAGGUAAAAUCUUUAAAGACCUGAAGCUCAGAUAAUAGCUUUUUGGUGCAGCAAGUGUUAUUGUAUGAAAUGUAUUUACCAUUUCCACUUAUGACAAAUUAUUUUCUAAUAUUUAAGCCUGAAAUCAAAACAAUAUUUGUAUUUAAAUAACUGAAGGUCCAUUACACUCUGAAGAUAGAUAGUUACAAAGAGGAAAUAUUUUCACAAGUUUGAUGUCAGAUUGUUGUUAAAUUGUUGUUUAGUUGUUUGUUGAUUGCAUUGAAUAGUGUGCAUAUAUUUCAUGAUUAAAAUGAAUUCAAAAGUAAAAAUAAUAAAGGUCCAUCCCUAAAAUACCAGUCCUAUUAAUCCUUUCAUAAUUGAAGUAAUUAUUUUUUGGGACAAAGUGUAUAGUAGUACCGUCAUUGAUUAUAAUUAUGGAUUCAUUCCAUAUAUUUUAAGGGAUGAACCUCCGUGUACAUUUUGUUUAAAAGCUGUUAUUUGUUGCUCAUGCUGAUUGUUUGAAAUGCAUUGGUGAAGUGAAAUAAUCAAAAUUUAUCUCUGAUCCCUAUACACAUAUAUAUAUGUUAUCUUAUAUACAGUACUACUCUUCACAGUUCAGAAGGGUUGACAGAGUAUUACUUCUUGCCUGGUGUCAGUGCUUUGUAAAAAAAGGUUGAUUAUCAGUAGACUUACUAGAUUUAAUGGAGGAAAGGAAUGUAGAGUGAGUGUUUUUUCCACACCUGCUAUGCCCUCUGCAUUAAAACGAAAGCAAACCUCUGAAAAUGCUUCAUGGCAAUAUUUGUAUUUGUAAGGUGGAUUAUAGAGAUUAUGCAAGUUGAGCUGAGGCGAAAAAUCGUUAGAUCAACUGCCUGAAAUGAUGUGAAGGGUUUGGUUUAAAGUGAUGCAUUUCACCUAAUAUUACAUUUUGAAUUGUAAUGCAACAUAUUUUAAUAAAUUAUAUUGACAUUAUUA